AUGUUCCCCGUCUUUCUGUUGCUUCUUUUGCUUCUCCGGUCGGCAUCGGCAACAACAUUCAGCCACCGGACUGAUGUGGAUGCCUUGUUGGCAUUCAAGGCAAGCAUAAACAACCAGCGGGGUGGUGUUCUAGAUGCAUGGAACACAAGUAAUACUACCACUACAUUCUGCCACUGGCCUGGUGUGGUUUGCAGCCAGCACAGCAGGGUCACGGCGCUUAACCUCACUUCCCAGGGCCUUGGUGGCAUAAUCACGCCUUCCAUUGGGAACCUCACAUUCUUGAAAACUCUAGACCUCAGCCUCAACAAUUUGGAUGGUGAAAUACCUCCAUCAAUUGCUCGUCUCUCUCAUCUGCGAUAUCUUGACUUGUCCAACAACUCACUUCAUGGUAAUAUACACCCUGGCUUGAACAAUUGCACCAGUCCUGAAAACAUCAACCUUGGAGCAAACCACUUCACCGGAGAAAUUUCCCCUUGGCUUGGGCUUGGAGGAUUGUCCAGUCUCAAGGUUAUACGACUAUGGAACAACAACUUCACUGGAACCAUCCUGCCAUCACUUACCAACCUCUCAGCACUGCAAAAUAUCGAUUUCACCACAAACCAAUUACAAGGUGACAUCCCUGAGGGCCUUGGUAGGAUCACUAGUCUCAACAUGAUUCAACUGGGUCAAAACCGCCUCUCAGGCAUCAUCCCUGCAACUUUCUUUAACCUUUCCUCUCUAACCGGUUUCAAUGUGGCGGUCAAUGAAUUGCCUCGAGAGAUUGGAAUGCUCUGCCCGGACACCCUCAGUCUAGAAGUGAAUCAGCUAACGGCAGCUACUGCUAAGGACUGGGAGUUCAUGACCUUGUUGACAAACUGCACACGUCUCGGUACACUUGACCUUUAUUUCAACAAUUUAGGUGGCGUGCUGCCAAGCUCUGUUGCCAACCUAUCAGCACAACUCCGAGAGCUAGAUGUUGGAUACAAUCAGAUUUCUGGAAAGAUACCAUUUGGCAUAAGCCAUCUUGUUGGGUUAAAUCAACUGGACCUCUCAAAUAAUCGUUUUACCGGUUCCUUGCCCGACGACAUCGGGAGGCUAAAUCUGCUCCAGGCUUUGUAUUUUGAAAACAAUCUAUUCACAGGUUACUUGCCAUCCUCCCUCGGGAACUUGACACGGCUAGUAAUUCUUCCUGCAACCGGCAACCAGUUUGAGGGGCCGCUUCCAACAAGCCUAGGUAGCCUCCAGGAGAUGACUAUAGCAGACUUUUCACACAAUAGGUUCACAGGUCCAUUGCCUAAGGAGAUCUUUAACCUGUCGUCUCUGUCAAAUUUGCUAGACUUGUCUGACAAUUACUUUUUUGGUCCUCUUCCACCACAAGUCGGCAGCCUGACAAACCUUGCAUACCUAUAUGUAUCGAGGAACAACUUAUCAGAACACACUCUCUGGUGUGAUUCCUCAAGAGUUAGGGCUAAUGGGUGGCACUGGAGAGUUGUAUCUCGGACACACAACCUUUCUGGCCAUAUCCCUGAAAGUUUGGAGAACAUGACAUCAUUAUACCGGUUAGACCUGUCAUUCAACCAUCUAGGUGGCAGAGUUCCAUCACGGGGCGUGUUCAGUAAUGCAUCUGGGUUUUUGUUUGGUGGUAAUUUGGGGCUUUGUGGUGGAAUAUUGGAGUUACAUUUGCCCCCAUGCCCGGCAGAACCCAUGGGACAUGGUUUGAGGAAACACCAUUUCAUCACUACAGUAGUUAUCCCAAUUAUUGCUGGCAUAACUCUGUGUGUGAGUUUCGCACUUGUUUUCUUCACAAUGAGAAAGAGAUCGAAAGCUCGAUUGACAGCCGUACAAGGAUUUCAACUGAUGGAUGACCGUUAUCCAAGAGUUACUUAUGCUGAACUAGUCCAUGGAACAAGUGGCUUUGCUUCAGACAAUCUAUUGGGUGGAGGAAGGUAUGGAUCAGUGUACAAGUGCUGUUUGCUGCUAAGAAAUAUGAUGACCACAGUAGCUGUAAAGGUUUUUGAUCUUCAACAGGUUGGCUCUUCAAAAAUCUUUAUAGCUGAGUGUGAGGCACUUAGUAAGAUCCGCCAUCGUAAUCUGGUCAGCUUCAUAACUUGUUGUUCGAGCUCUGACACGAACCAAAACGACUUCAAAUCCAUUGUGUUCGAGUUCAUGCCUAAUGGGAGCCUAGACGGGUGGAUACACAUGGAUGUGCAUGCAUCACAUCAACUCCAAGGCAUGACAUUGAUGCAGAGAUUGAAUAUCGCAGUGGAUGUCGCUGAUGCGCUUGACUAUUUGCACAACAGCUGCGAACCACCAGUAAUUCACUGUGACUUGAAGCCGAGCAACAUUCUUCUCGACAAGGAUCUAGUUGCUCACGUCGGGGACUUGGGCCUCGCAAAGAUUCUUGCUAAACCAGCCGCGGAGCAACUGAUUAAUUCACAGAGCUCGGUUGGAAUACGAGGAACAAUUGGAUACGUCGCUCCAGAAUACGGCCAAGGUGGUCAAGUUUCUUCAUGCGGAGACGCAUACAGCUUUGGAAUUGUCAUCCUCGAGUUGUUUACAGGGAUGGCACCUACUCAUGACAUGUUCGGAGACGGGUUGACCUUGCAGAAGCAUGUAGAGGAUGCAAUUCCAGGGAUGCUAAUGCAGAUUGCUGAUCCAGUCCUGCUGUCCAUUGAAGAAGCUAACGCGAACACAGUGGAACAUGUCAGCAAUGCCAUAUUCUCCGUCAUGAAGGUUGCGCUAUCAUGCAGCAAGCAUAAUCCGACAGAGAGAAUGCGCAUCAGAGACGCGGCUGCUGCGAUUCACAGGAUAAGGGAUGCUCAUGUCCUUUUUUGCUGA